GGCCCCGCCCUGCAUCCCGGCACCGCCCUGCAUCUCGGCUCCGCCCUGCAUCCCGGCACCGCCCUGCAUCUCGGCUCCGCCCUGCUUCCCAGCCAAGCCCGCAGCGCUGGGAGCGGUACGCAGAGGCCCGGUGCGCCGGGCACUAAUCUCCCAGGGACUGGUGGCCGCCGGCCCCAGUUGCCUGGCGGGUAAACAUGGCCGCCCUGACGACUGUUGUGGUAGCGGCGGCGGCCACCGCGGUAGCCGGGGCUGUAGCAGGGGCGGGUGCAGCCACCGGGACCGGCGUGGGAGCAACGCCAGCGCCUCAACAGGAGCAAUAGGAAACACCAGGAAAGACCUAAGAAAGCUCACAGUCCUCAUCCUUGUUUAGCUUUGACGCAUUAUGCUGGCAGAAAGUAAAGACUAAGAAUGAUGGCUGUUUUAGUACUUCAGGUGGAAUUCGUUCUUUUCAUCUUCAAAACUGGAAGCAGAAAGUUAAUCAGACUAAGAAAGCAGAAUUCAUACGCACAGCAGAAAAAUUUAAAAAUCAAGUUAUUAACAUGGAAAAAGAUAAACACAGUCAUUUCUACAACCAAAAAAGUGACUUCAGAAUUGAGCAUAGUAUGCUAGAAGAAUUGGAAAAUAAACUGAUUAACAGCAGAAAAACAGAAAGAGCAAAAAUCCAGCAACAAUUGGCCAAAAUACAUAACAACGUAAAGAAACUUCAGCAUCAGUUAAAAGACGUGAAGCCUACACCUGAUUUUGUUGAGAAGCUCAGAGAAAUGAUGGAAGAAAUUGAAAAUGCAAUUAACACGUUUAAAGAAGAGCAGAGGUUGAUAUAUGAAGAGUUAAUUAAAGAAGAGAAAACAACUAAUAAUGAGUUGAGUGCCAUAUCAAGAAAAAUUGACACAUGGGCUUUGGGUAAUUCAGAAACAGAGAAAGCUUUCAGAGCAAUCUCAAGCAAAGUUCAUGUAGACAAAGUAACACCAAGUACUCUUCCAGAAGAGGUACUAGAUUUUGAAAAAUUCCUUCAGCAAACAGGAGGACGAAAAGGUGGCUGGGAUGAUUAUGAUCACCAGAACUUUGUAAAGGUGAGAAACAAACAUAAAGGGAAGCCAACAUUUAUGGAAGAAGUUCUAGAACACCUUCCUGGAAGAACACAGGAUGAAGUUCAACAGCAUGAAAAAUGGUAUCAAAAAUUUCUGGCUCUAGAAGAAAGAAAAAAAGAGUCAAUUCAGAGUUGGAAAACUAAAAAGCAGCAAAAAAAGGAGGAAAUUUUCAAGUUAAAGGAAAAGGCAGACAACACACCUAUGCUUUUUCAUAACAAACAAGAAGAUAAUCAAAAGCAAAAAGAGGAGCAAAGAAAGAAACAGAAAUUGGCAGUUGAAGCUUGGAAAAAACAGAAAAGUAUAGAAAUGUCAAUGAAAUGUGCUUCCCAGUUAAAAGAAGAGGAAGAGAAAGAGAAAAAACAUCAGAAAGAACGCCAACGCCAGUUUAAAUUAAAAUUACUACUAGAAAGUUACACCCAGCAGAAGAAAGAACAAGAAGAGUUUUUGAGGCUUGAAAAGGAGAUAAGGGAAAAGGCAGAAAAGGCAGAAAAAAGGAAAACCGCUGCUGAUGAAAUUUCCAGGUUUCAAGAAAGAGAUUUACAUAAACUUGAAUUGAAAAUUCUAGAUAGACAGGCAAAGGAAGAUGAAAAGGCACAAAAACAAAGAAGACUGGCAAAAUUAAAAGAAAAGGUUGAAAACAAUGUUAGCAGAGAUCCCUCUAGGCUUUACAAACCUACCAAAGGUUGGGAAGAACGAACCAAAAAGAUAGGACCAACAGGCUCUGGGCCACUUUUACAUAUUCCACACAGGGCUAUUCCAACCUGGAGACAAGGAAUACAGAGAAGAAUAUGAGAUAAUAAAGUUGCUACUCAGUUGAUAAGAAUGUUAACAUACUAAGUUAUACCAGGGAGAGUGACUCACCAUGUUCUUUAAAUAUAGCCUAGUCAGAUUGAUUAUUGUGCUGUAUUGUGAAUUGAGAGGUAUUAAGUUUCAUGAGGCUUUGUCAUUAGUAUUCCUGCUUAUACCAAGAAGGUAUUUAAUAUUUAUUUUGGCCUAUUAAUGACAUAAAAGUUAUUUAAAUAAGUUAAUGUUACAAACAUUAUUCAAUUUAAAUACUCAAAACAUUUCAAAGAUAUUUUGUUUUUGUCAUAGCAUAGAAAAAUAAAUUACAACAAUCAUACAAUGACAUUUUUAAACCAAAAUUUUGUAACUUUUAUAACUUGGAGUUAAGUCAGCUUGAGUAACAAAAGGUAAAGUGGUUUUUGUUUAGAGUUAUAAAACGUUAGUACUUUUUCUAUGUUUAACAAAUUGGUAGUUUGUCAGUUAUGACAUUUUUGUGUAAUAAAUAUUUUGUAUUUGUUUGAAGCAUGCUUUGUUUUAUAUAGAGAAUAUUUAUUUUAAAAAUAUGUCUCUCAUAUACCCUACUUAAUUGUAUUAUUGAUACAAUCUUUUUAGUUUCCUUGAGCAAUUCCAAAUUUUCCUUCAGCCUUUCUGGAUUUCACCUAUUUAUAAAAUCUUUGUGUCUUUCACAUC